GAUAUCAGUAUCAUUCAAAACUGAGAGACAUACGCAUCGUGAAGAGUGCUAAACCCCAAACGGAUUUUCGUUCAAGCAAACAACAAAAGUUGCAAAAUCCUGACAUAAAGUUCGAACCCAAAUCAGUUAUCAAUCAGAAGAAAAAAACAUCAUUAGAGAUGGCUCUUGUUCCUAUUUUGCUCCGUGACUUAUUCGAUGGCUAUUUGGAAGACAACCACCGACCAGCUCGUUUCCUGAGCAAACGAUCACCCAGAUCCGAUCUCUUUCCGGAGGAUAUCCUGCUCGCAUUGGAAGAUGCGUUACCAAGACGGUGCAGACGGAAACGCUGUUGGCGUCAAUCGAGCUCCAGCGAAGACAACCAGGACGAAAUCGUUGCUAAGAAAGCGGCUGGCGAAUUUGAAGUCAACAUCAACGUCGAUGAAUACAAACCGGAUGAAAUCUCAGUGAAAGCGACGAAUAAAUACGUGACAGUGGAAGGCAGACACGAAGAUAAAAAUGACGAAAAUGGAUAUGUGUUGAGGCACUUUAUUCGCCGGUUCCAACUGCCAGAAGGACAUGAUAAUGAGAAAAUUGCAUCGACGUUGUCCUCGGAUGGAGUUCUUACAAUCACGGCACCGAAAUUGGCACUACCAGAACCUGAGAAAGAUCGAACUAUUCCCGUGGAAAAAAUCUCGAAUCCAAAGGAGAUAACCGAUAAGCAGCCGAGUAAAAAUAAGACCGAGGUUACUUUGGAAGACUUAGACGAAUAAGUUUUGUAUUUUUAUUUUGCGAUUUAAUAUAGAUAGAUUAAUUAUUUAAGUUCCGUCUGUUUCAGUAAUUACUGAAAAUUGUAUGUACUUUGCCUGACAUUUGUUCAGAAAUAAAACAAACUAUUCCCAACUACA